CACCCCCCCCCCCCCUCUCCCCCCAAAUCCAAGGGGGACGUGGGGAUAACUCCCGGGCAUUUCUGUGCUGCACUAGAUGGUUCGCUUCUCCAACUUCGUGGACCCAACUGGGUCAUUACCAGGACGUCACUUCGAUCGACAAGUGAAAACAUUCGCGAAUCUGUCGGUGUUCGUAGUGUGUCACGCGACUCAUUAGUUUGGGUCGCCGAAGAAGAAGAAGAAGCAGAAGUUGUUGCAGGUACUCAUACAUUUGCUCGAUUGUUUGUGGUGCUUGUUUGCCCGGAAAGCACGUGGCGGUGGACCGGGGGUUUGGAUUGAAAUGGGCUGCUGGGACAUAACAUAUGUGUUAGAGCGGAGGAAUGCCUCGUCUGCCCUGGUUUGAAAUUCUCCGAGCUGCUUCAGCCGAUUUAGUUGAUGGUUUUCUUUUCUAGAAUAUCAUAGCUGCGGAGGCGGUAAGAGAUUUUGUUGCUUGAGGGAUUUUUAGGAGAGCUCCGUUGGUGGAAGCUGUCAUGAGUUUCAGAUAUAACACCAGCGUUCCCCGGCUGAAAGGGGACCGUCCGGAGUUUGAGCGUUGUGUGCAGACAGUGAAAGAGAUGCUUAGCACGGCAAUUGUUCACCAGAGGGAUCUUCUGAAUCUGGUUGUAUCCCAUUACCCGCAGAGCAUUGUCGCUACUCCAAUUGCGGACGAACGCAUUGGCUGCGGAGUUCUCACUCCAGAGUUCCCAAUCUCUCCUCUCGUCCUUCAAGAGCUCAAAGCCUACAUUGAAAACUCCUUGAACUAUUGUCACCUCGCCCUGUGCAGCCUUCGAGAGAUUAACCUGAACUCGUUCACUUCGUCUCCUUCUGAUUCGUCACCAUCAACGCUGAACACUUCUAUGAGGAGCUCUAGUGCAGUUGAGGGACAGUUUCCGCCAGGAUGGAAUACGAAAUUCUUCGAUGUAACUAACCAUGCGAAAGAUCACCUAUCACCCAGGCUAAACGUCGUCGCUCCUCUGAACUCCCUUCGCAGUUCCUUACACAAGGAUCCUCUCCCGUAUCAUUCAAUCACCACCAAGGGCAACGGAUGCACACCACGGAAUUCUGGAAGUCCCCGCUUCACUGAUCCCUUCUCGCAACCCCCACCAGGUGAAGGUUCAUCAACGCAACAGCAGCACCCACACGAACAGAACCUGAAUACAAGGUUACUGGCGGUGGAUUCGAAUCCACCGUGGCCAAGGAUCAGUUCCGCUGCCAACAGUGAAGCCAGAAAAUUUGGCGGACAGAAGGCAAAGCCUGGAGUGGUUCUCCAGAAACUGAACGACGGCAAGAGGGGGAUUCCUGAUGAUGGUCACCGGGGCUGGAAGAAAUACGGCAACAAAGCCAUCCAGAAUUCCAACCAUUGCAGAGGAUACUACAAAUGCAGCCUGAAGGAGUGCCGUGCGAAGAAGAUGGUGCAACUCACUGACAGGGAUCCUACCCUCUUCGAGGUAACAUAUGUGGGGAAGCAUAGCUGCAGCUCCAGCACUGCGCACCCGCGGUGCCGACACCGUUCUACACAAAUGCUAUCAAGCAGUCUUGUGCAUGUUGGGAGCAACGGAUCUUCAGAAGGAGGGCAGGCCACGUCUACAGUGACCAAGGAAGACAGAGCAGAGGAUUGGAAGACCCAGCGUGCUGCUGCCAGUAUUGGAACGAAUUUAGUGGUAGACGUAUCGAAUCCCAUUAUUGAUAAUGGUUGGAAGGGUGGAAAGUAUUCGAAUGAGCAUAACUACAGUUACAGCUACUUCAACAUGGGCAUGACCACGUCAACAACGGCAUCGACGGCGUCGGAAGAACCAAAGCAAUGCGAAGUAGGGGAAGGAGAUGACGACGUGGACCAGGACGAGGAAGGCGAUGUGUGCAUGGACACAUAUCUCCAUCAAAGCUCACGCCAUCACCAAGCUGCGUAUUCGUUGUGGCAUGACUUUGAUACAUAUCCCACCCUAUCCACGGACUGAUAUCCUGUCAGACUUGAUACAUUGAGAGUAGAAUAACUUCCGCGGCAGGCUUCAAAAAUAACUGAUCGAAGAUCCAACGGCAGCGUUUAUCGGUAUGGACACUCCUCCGAGUCAACAUAGAAUUGCCUGGGAAUCACAAAGACGUCGGCAUGAGGAAGUGAACUCGUCCAUCUUCAAUUCUUUUUAGCAUUGAUCACAUACUGUUCUCUUAGUUCAAACUGAAACUUAAAUCUAGUCACUGUCUGUACCAUAAUUGUAGAGAUUGCGACCACUUGUUCUUAAAAAGGGCUUCACAUCAGUAAUCCUACUUCACAGAAGGUUUUCAAUUUACCCAGCAUUGAAGGGGGAUUAGGAUCGCUUCGAUUUCAGCUGCUUCUGAGGUCGACACACUUUCGUGAUCUCAAUAACAGACAUCUCUAGCAUUGCGAUGCUGCGCCUCGAUGCGCACGAAGAUCAGUUGCUUGAUGGGUUUGUUUUUUUCGUUCGACUGUCGUUUCUUCCAUUCUUUUGUUGUCAUCGACUCCUCCGACUUCGACUACAGCUUCGAUCUCGUGAUACAUUGUGGCUUCACGACUGUUGUUCCUCUCAAGUUUUUUGACCCUCGAUCAUUGGCUUUUACGCCGAACGUUUACGGGGUUCGAGCUUGGUGACGAUGCAACAUGUUGGUUCAGCCUUUCAUGAAAUCAAAGGAAAGAUUCUUCUUCGACACGUUCAUGGAUCUCUGAACAUCAAACGACCUAAAACAGUAGUUGCUGAGGGCGAAUGCGGACUGUGCUAGACUCCGAUCUCCAAAAAUCAAUCAACCACGACGACGACGAUGACUCAUUCAUAAGAAAAUAAGCUAGAUUUCAGGGUGGAACAUUUUGGGAAUCUGCAAUUAGGGUGUAGAAAUCUUAAUUGUUUCAUAUGGGUUAUCUUGAUUAACGUAUAAUGAAUGUCGUAAUCGGAAGAAGCAUUGCAACGAUGACAGUAUUAUACGUCGACUCAAAGUCAAAUUUGCAAAAAGUUAAUUCCGAAUAGCAAACUGAAAUUGGACUGAAAAGUAUUACUUUA